UUCUGUUCUCGAUUGCAUUCUUGAAUAGUUUUGUAUGGUAUUCAUUUGGGUGAGGUGAUGUGUUUGUAAAACAAAAUUUUAAAUAGUUACAUCAAGCAAAUUUUCUGAGCUACAGUCUGUAUUUAUUGGAAGUAUUGAUACACACAAUUUCUUUGCAACAAUUUGUUUUAUUUGGUAAUAUUGUGUAUUUGACAUGGCUACUAAGAAUUUUAUGGAAGUGAAAUUAAAUUAACAAGGUGUGUUUGGUGCAGUGCAAGAUAAAUUGUAUGCAUUAUGUUUUCCAAGAAAAAGAAGAAGCCACUAAUUUCUCCACCAAGUAAUUUUGAACACCGAGUUCAUACAGGUUUUGAUAAAAGAGAAGGAAAGUUUGUCGGUCUCCCUCUUCAAUGGGCUUCCCUUGUUGGCAAUAAUCAGAUAUUAAAAUCCACAAAUAGGCCAUUGCCAUUAGUUGACCCCUCUGAGAUUACUCCGACCGAAAUAUUAGAUUUGAAGACUAUUGUAAGGGGUGAACAUCGCUCUUCCUCAGUAGCUGCUUUGUCGAGGCCUGUAUCUGCAAACCCUUUAACACAGCCAGUACAGAAUGGGGUUAUUUUGCCGAAAACUUCUAAUGUUGCAAGAUCAAACUCACUCAGGAGUAUGAGCCCACCAAGAAUUAGGAGAGAUCUCCGUAAUCAACCAAACAUUCCUCCAUCAGUGCCUGAAGAGUCGCCUCCUGUUCCUCCAGCUCCUCAACAGUAUCCUACUCUAAGACGGGAACAAAGUAAUUAUGCUUUGAACAAGCCUGUGUCUGAUUCGCCUGUUGAGUGGUCUCACUCUCAUGAAGCUACAGUGAGACCAGUGACAGAAAUAAAUGACAAUCAACUGGCAGCUAUGACAUACCAAAAUAUACAGAACGCUAAUGUACCAUAUCAACACAAUCACCCUCAACCCCAAAUGGUUCAAGGCUUGCAGCAUGGUAUGAAUGGAAAUAACAAUGUUGGUGACUCAUAUCCAAAUACAGUACGACACCAACAGCCAGGACCUUUAGUCACACCUCACGUACCCAUCACUGAAUCCAAGCAUGAAUUGCGUUUGACGCAUGAACAGUUCCGAGCCGCUCUCCGCCUCGUGGUGAGUGAAGGCGAUCCUCGUGAGACGCUGACCGGCUUCAGUAAAAUCGGAAACGGUAGCACGGGAGUAGUCUGCGCCGCUACCGACACGAGGACACGACGAAGAGUUGCAGUCAAGAUGAUGAACCUUAAGAACCAGCAUCGUAGAGAACUUCUGUUCAAUGAAGUUGUGAUUAUGCGAGAUUAUCCACAUCCGAACAUAGUAGAGACGCAUGCGUCUUACUUAGUGGGGGAUGAACUAUGGGUAGUUAUGGAAUACAUGGCUGGGGCCUCCCUUACACAAAUAGUAACCCACGCAAGGAUGGAUCCGGAGCAGAUAGCCACAGUCUGCAAACAGUGCUUAAAGGCAUUGGCAUUUUUGCAUAGUCAAGGUGUCAUUCACAGGGAUAUCAAAUCGGAUUCAAUACUCAUGACAGAAGAUGGACGUGUCAAAUUGUCUGACUUUGGCUUCUGUGCUCAAGUAUCACAGGAAUUACCAAAACGUAAAUCCUUAGUCGGGACGCCAUACUGGAUGUCUCCGGAGGUGGUACUCCGAUUGCCUUAUGGCCCCGAAGUUGACAUUUGGUCUCUGGGGAUAAUGCUUAUAGAAAUGGUCGACGGUGAACCACCAUUCUUUAACGAACCACCGCUACAGGCCAUGCGGCGCAUCCGCGACAUGCCGCCGCCGCGGCCGCGCGGCGUGGCGCGCUGCCCGGCCGACCUGCUGUCGUUCAUGGAGUGCGCGCUGGUGCGCGACCCGGCGCAGCGCCACUCGGCGGCGCGCCUGCUGCAGCACCCCUUCCUGCGCCGCGCCGGCCCGCCCGCGCUGCUCGUGCCGCUCAUGCCGCGCCCCGAGUGAACGGGUACACUACAACGAUACAGAAAAUGACAAGUUUAUAAUCAUUACCUCGAAAUUAAUACGAAGAAUCCUAAAAUUUUAAAAAAAAUGAAAGGAGUAUUCUUUUUCAGAUUAUAUGGAAGUAACUAUAUUUUUAAAAUAGUUGCAUGGUAUUUAAUUUCGUUUCAAAAGUAAUAGACAAAGGUAAAUACGCCAUGUUUACUGCCCCAGUGACAAUCAUUCCACCUCUUAGCACUAUAAUACCUAAUAUUUCACACUUUUGGGUGAUUAAUAUUAUCGCUAGUGUAACUUAUUGCCCUUAAUGUUAGUGAUAAUCAUAUCUUUCCACCCCGUCCACUAUUACCUAUUUUGUAUACAUUAUAGUACAAUGCAUACAAAUUAUAUUAACAAAAAAAAAUCAAUAUACACUUUUAACUUGUAAUUAUAAAAUUAAUUAUUUAAUCCUAUUGUAUGUAUGAUAUUGUAUGUAUGAUAUGAUGAUCGUAGAAUGGUGAUUGAAUCAGUGCUUAAAUAAAAUAUAUUAUGACAGUAUUAUAUCCAAUUAAAAUUGGCUAAAUUGAUUUUGUACUUAUGUGAAAUUUAUUAUUAUUAUUAUUUCUAAUGUUAAAUCUUAUGAAUUGAUAAUUAAAACAUUUUAAAAUGGUGUACGUGGGUUAAAUAUUAUUAUCAAUUGUAGUGCAAAUAUUUAAAAUUAUGUUGUUGUAAUGUAAGUAUAUUAAUCGUUUUUGUUUCAAUUAAACAUUCCAAGAUAUUUGACACAGACUGAAAAUUGUAUAGACAAUUAUUAUUGUGUGUGUACCAUUGCAUUAUUACUUCAAUCUACUAAAUGCCAUAUAAUAUGUUAAAUGUUCUUAAUAUGAUAUUAAGAGAGAACCUGUGUGAAAAUGAGAGCCUAGUGUGACUUUUUUAUUUAAAAAAAAAAAGUUUCGAGUGAUCACAGUGAUCACAAAACUACUUGUACUUCUACUACUACCACAUAAAUUAAUGACAAAUAAGUCAUAUUACAAAUAACACUCAUGUUCUUUGUAACUUUACUUUAGGAUAAAGUUUUACCGCAUAUAAUGUGUCCUGAGUUUGUGUUAGUUCGUCUCAUCAUACAACUCGUCUUAUAUAUGUGACUUACUAUACUGUCUUGUGACAAAAACAAUGUUAUAUAUAAAUAGAUAUAUCUUAUCUUUUACUUUUAUAAUAUUUUGAUAAAUAAGAACUGUCAUAUGAAAUAAUAUGACAGUAUUUAUAUAAUUAAACUGUCAUAUGAAAAUUCAUUAAUGUCUACUCUUACUCCAGAAUAAUAAUAAUUAUAAUAAGUAAAUAAUAAUCCAGUUUCGAAUUGAUUAAUUCCGAAUCAAUCAGUUAAUUUUAAUGUUGUCUCUAUUUCACACACGGCAUAACAUAUGCGGUCAGAAUUUUAACAAAUAUACAAUGAAGAUGCAUUCUAAGUUCUUUUUAAUUAAAUAAAGAAAUGUUAAAGUAGGCAGCUAGAUGUAGAAAUUAUUAAUUUAUUAGUACUUAAAUGUGGCAUACUUAUUAUUCAACCUCAAUCCGCCUUACUUUUUAUAUACAAAUCAAUAAAAUGUCAAUGUAUUUAUUAAAAAAAAAAACACUGUUCAAUCGUAACAAAUCAAUAUUAGAAUAAAAAAAAAACUUUUUGGAUAUUCUAUACCUUACCAGUACCUCAGUGCCGACAAGAA